AUGAACGUGACCGAAGUUAAUGCUUCUGCUAUGCAAUGGAUAGCUGCGGAAUGUGAUGCAUCUUAUGUGAUCGCCAACUCGGUGAGUAUCCAAUUCACUAUUCAUAGAUGAACCUCACUCCUUUGUGAACUGUUCCGCUAGCUUUGUUCGUUUUCAAAUGCUUGAAAAGCUAUUGUAAAACUAAACUAAUUAUUUUUCAAAAGGACUUUGCGCAUGAAGAUAGAGAUCGUUGUGGAAAUUUGCUCGGAAGAGGUGCGAUUAAUCAUUCGAUGCCGGAACCGCAUUAACAUAAUGCAAAAGCGGCAGCAUGCAGCAAGCUUGUCCAUUUAAACAUGCAUCUGGUUAAACUGAUUUAGGAGUUUUUGAAGAACCAACUGGUUUUUGACAGUAUGUUGGAUGAUGAUACUAUUGUGAUCGUGUUAUAGUAAAUAAUCAUUGAAAUAUUUGAAUGACGCGUUUGUUAUUUAAAGUAUUUAGUGGUAUUGGGUCUUCAACCCACCGUACAUGCCCUAUCAUACUUUAUGGGAUUUAGACCAUUUUUUAAAACAUGUCCGGCUACGACACGGUCUAGAUAUAAUUACACAAUUUGUACUUUCAGAUAAAUAUAGUCGUCCGACCAUCAGUUUCGAAGAUGUCUACUGUUGCAACAUAACCGUCUAAAAGAGGCACGAUUGUUUGUCGCUAAUUAAAUUAUGGCGGUGUUCUAUAUGCAUACACACGUGUAUGCAUACACAUAUAAACAUGUAUAUACAUACAUACAUACAAAAAAUGUGUCGAAAUUUAUAAACGAUUUUCAAUCACUCGCAAUCGGACACCAUUUCAAUAGUAAAAUGUCUAUGGUCGUUAAGAAUAACUUUUAGAGAAUCAAAUACAUAAAAUCAAUAUUAUAGGCAGUGUUGUGUUGUCUAAAAACGUCGAUUUAUUUUGAAAAGCACAGUAUCUCGAAAAUGUCAGAAGUGGCUCUAAUUUGGUAAACUGUGUCUUUAAAUAAACAGAAUGUAUUCUCAUAUCUAACAUGUAGCAAAUAUGAACGUAGACAUAUAAUAACAUCUAAUAACACUGUGUCCGUGAUGUUUACGCCUCCAUAUCGUUUAUAUGACGGUUCAUCAACAGCUCAAAUUCUGAGUGUAGAUUCCAAAACAGUUUUCCAAAGAUUCGUUUUUUUAGUUCUUUGAAUUAAUUGUGAUGAAAUUCAACGAGUUAAGCUGAAACCUGCUUGAUUUCACCGAUGUGGACGUCAUUCGAACAACAGUUUUCAUAAGGUAACAUGCCAUGAGGACGGUCUGUACCUAAAAAAUUUAAAUAGAACUGACAGGCGUGGUCGUUAACAUUCCAUUUUGUGCUUUUAGAGAAAACUCUUAUUUCUUUAACUUAAUUUAUUCUUAUCCUUCAUUUUGUAUUUCAAGGAGUUUCAGAUCAUCCUCGAAAUCUUGAUGAAUACUUCAUUAGUUUCAGUGUUUUCAUCCAAUCGUUUAUAAAGACAAAUUCUGGAUUACCUGUCCGUUAAGAACUAUAAAAUAAGAUUAUUGUUGAAGGCACUUACCGCAUUAGUGAGUGUUUAGACGCUCCUUCUUAUGAGGGUUGUCGUUUGUGUCACAUCUGAAGACUCAUUCAAACAUCAUAUUUCAUUUUCGACUAAAAUGGCCGUCCACAACGAAAGUCAGCAAAAAAUUUGCCUUCGAACAAUAAGAGAACUUUGCGUACUAAGUGACCUCUUCAUGUAUUGCUUUGUUACUGCAUUCCGUUGACGGAUAUGUGUGCCCUUUACAUUUUUUGCAGGAUGAGUCAAAGAAAAAAAAUUAACAUUUUUGGGCGUUUCUUUCGCGUUCGUUAACACUGUUUUUGGACGUUAUUUUAUGUCUACUUUCAUAUUUGCUGCGUGUCAAUUAUGAGAAUACAUCCUAUAUAUUCAAAAAAGAAGUUCACUAAAUUAGUGCCACUUCUAACGUUAGGAUGGGCAAAGUUGAGAUAUCUGGGUUGAUUAUUUGAAGUCGAAGAACCUAUCUUCGUCUUCAAACUCUUCUGACGUUUUCAAGAUAUUACGCUUUUCAAAAUAUAUUGACAUUUCUUAACAACGCAACACUGCCUAUAAUAUAUUUUGCAUGUCUUUGAAUCUUUUAAAUUUGUGCUUAAUGAACACAAACAUUUGACUCAUGGAAUAGUGUCCGUUUGCGAGUGAUUGGCAAUCAUAUGUACAUUUCAACACAUUUUAGGAGUUAGGUGACUAACUGCAUAUACACGAUCUACCGCACUCUCUAUGCCUCCCCAACAUGAAACUGGUGUUAAGAUAGUCAUUUCGAAUGAUAGCGGGAGUCGGCGCAUGUGACUGGCAUGGCCUUAUCCACAACUAGGCGGACAUCAAACGUCCUUGUCCACAACAAAAAUUUGACGCGGAUUCUAUAAUGUUGUAGGUAUUUUUGCAGAGUGUCGUUCGUGCAUGCAUUCUAAAAGAAGUUCAGUUCAGUUUACAACCUAAGAUAACUGGCUUUUUUGUGGAAUUAUGCUGCAUUAUAAUUAGUUUUACAACUACACUUGAUUCGUCUUUUCGAAACUGGAACGUAUUUCGUAAUUACGGCUGACAUUUCAUGAGUUAGCCCACCUACGGUACAUGAUCUACCGCACACCUUAUGUCUCCUCAACCUGAGACCGGUGUUAAGACAUAGUUAUUGCGACUGGCAUAGCACCACACACAAAGGGACGUACCAUCAUACUCCCGUGGCCACAACGAAAAAUAAGAGUGCACUGUUUGGAAGCUAAACUGACGCGGCAAGAUCGUGAAACAACAACUUUGAUCGACAAUGCACACUGAGCAGGAUUUAGAUUCUAACAAAAGCACGGACGAUAAAUGCUGCUUUCAGGCUGUCUCUAGGCUUAUUUCGAGGUAAGCACCAGCAAUAUGCGCCAAAGAGCCUUCCUCAGCGUUAAGCACUGAUGCCUGCGCGUCUGAUCGAACUGCGUGGAGAAGACAGCAUUGUCUGAAAAAUCCUUUGGUCUACCUGCAUUUCGCUGAUUUUUUUUGCCGUUGCUUCAUUCAAUAGAGUAUUCACAAACACACUUAAAAACGCCUAGACAUGCGCCUUUAAAGAAUAUGUACGCUUGCUCCGCUGAUCUACUUAAAUUCCAGAAUGCGAAUUAAUUGCAUAUCACCACUGUAGAAAAUUGUGGCCCAAAUUACCGGUUGUUUUAUUUUUGAAUGCAUUUGCACAAGUUUCAUUGAAACGUAGACCACUAUUUUAGCACAUAUAUUUCUAAAAUUGCGUCAGGUAAUAUGUCUCGCUAAAGUCCGUUUAGUUGGCAAAUCAGUACAAUUUGGUGUCUUAAGGUAGUUCCGAUUCACUUAUUAUUACAAAUUUGUUCGCAAAAAAUAUUCGCUAUAACAGACACUUUUCUCACAGGUGUCACUGAUACCUCGUUCGCUUAUAAUACGUGUAGUCCAAUUUCCUCACACCCAAACCGCUGGCAUGUUCGCCAACAAGUGUUGUAAAUACUUCCAUAAGACUCUUCAUAACCCUACAACGGUCCACAAAUUUGAACUACUACUGAUGAUUUGCGCAGCAGCUUAUAUUUGCGGUUAUGAAAUUAAAAAUCUAGGACAAUGCGCUGAGAACUUCUCGUAAAGCCUUUUGGAAAUGUGUGUCCCCUUGAGGUACAUGGCGAGAAUGUUGCAAUAGAACACAGUAGCUGGGCAAAUGUAUCCUCAAUUCUGGGAAACGUAAGCGAAAUGAAAAGAAAAGCAAGUUUUUUGUAAAGGCCCGGAACGGUAGGUAAUUCGAUACUCUUAAAUUGGUCUCAAAUCUUGUUGGCAUCUCCAAAUGUUUAUUUAAUUAGAAUUAGACAUCUAGUUUGAAUAACCUCGUAAAUAAAUUUACGAUCCAAAACCCAUUUCCAUCGACGGCGUCCAACACUUUAAACCGAUACUAGUGAAUUUUAAUAGUCCGUUUAUGAACAGGGAACCGUAGUGUCCACUGUUCCACUCUCAAGGCCGACAUCGGUUGCACUGCGGCUGAUCUUGUCUACGGAACAUCCCUCCGACUGCCCGGUGAGUUAGUGUUUCCCUCAAACAUGCUAACGUUUUUUGAACCUUGCAGUUAUGUGGAGCGGCUGCGUAGUGUCAUGCGCAAUCUCCGCGCAACGCCCCCUCGGGCGUCACCGGCCAAUUCCUUCAUCCAUCCCGACCUGGAUAAGUGCGAUUUCGUCUUGGUUCUGCAUGACGCUGUCCGACGACCACUCCAACCACCCUAUGACGGGCCGUAUAAAGUCCUUCGUCGAUCUGACAAAGAUGUUGUCAUCGACCGCAAUGGCAAGACCGACACAGUCAGCAUUGAUCGCGUCAAGCCGGCGUUCAUCGACGACAGUGACCAUUCCUCACCCCAACACUGCACCCCGCCGCAAACACUGAUGCCUCCACCUACUUGCGACAGCCCCCCCUCCGCUUCGCCGCACACUAUCUGGUCGUCACGUCCACUGGCCCAACAGGUUUGUGGCUGGCUAGCAUGUCGACGCCUUCACUCCGUUUGGUGUCUGGGGGGGAGUUGUAGCAGCCGCUCCAGUUCUCCUUUUCUGCGACUCCGUUUUGUCGGUCGAUGGCCGCGACAAUCGUUGCCAGGCCGCUGACACACAAACACCUCCGCCGAUUAUAACUGGGCCCCCCUCCUGUCCAGCUGCAGUGACCCCCGGCUGCCCACCCCACAAACAAUUAUCACCUCAUGCGCGUCGGACGACCUGGCUUGAUACCCGUAAGCCCCUGUAAUUAUGCUUCCCCCUAAUCCUCUCCUAAUCCGUCCAAUCUCAUGAUCAGCAUCCAACCCGUCACCCCCACCUACUGACACGGACUUUCACACUUGCGUAAACUACACACCGUGACUGACGCUCUCCGUGAACAGACGCUUUUCUCUGUUGCAAGCAAAUCGUCAACUUACGGCAACCUGCCCUGUGUACAGAAUAAACUAGUCUUCACAGCUCCCUGACUUCUGACAGUAGACGAAACGAACUUAUUGUGCGUGGUUUAAGUUGAUCUAACAUCCUUAACCGUCACAGUCGUUUGGGUCACAUAUGAAGACUCAUUCAAAUAGCAAACAUCAUUUUCGAGAAAAAUGGCUGUUCAGAAUGAAAGUCAGCAACGAAUAUGCCUUCGAAAAAUAAAAUAACUUUCCUUAAUGAGUGACCUCCUCAGGUAGUACUUUAUUACUGCAUUCUAAUGACGGAUAAGUGUGUACUUUAGACUUUUUGCAGGACGAGUCGGGGAACAAAAGUUAACAUUUUUGGCCGUUUCUUUCGCGCUCCUAAGCGCUGUUAUUCGACGUUAUUGUAUGUCUACUUUCAUAUUUGCUACGUGUUAUGUAUGAGAAUGCAUUUUAUAUAUUUAAAAACGAAGUUUACUAAAUAAAAGCCACUUCUAACGUUCAGAUUGGCAAAGUUAAGAUAUCCGGGUUGAUUAUUUGAAGUCGAAGAUAGGUUCUCCGGAAUACCCUAUCUUCGUCUUCAAACUCUUCUGACGUUGACGAGAUAUUGCGCUUUUCAAAAUAACUUGACAUUUCUUAACAACGCAACAUUGCCUAUAAUAUAUCUUUCAUGUCUUUGAUUACGUCAAACUUGUGCUUAAUUAAAAUAGACAUUCGUCUCGUGAAAUAGUGUCCGUUUGCGAGUGAUUGGCAAUCAUAAGUACAUAUCAACACAUUUAAGGAGGUAGGUGACUAACUGUAUAUACACGAACUACCGCACUCUCUAUGCCUCCCCAACCUGAAACUGGUGUUAAGACAGUCAUUUCGAAUGAUAACGGGGGUCGGCUCAUGUGACUGGCAUGGCCUUAUCCACAACUAGGCGUACAUCAAACGCCCUUGUCCACAACAACAAUUUGACACGGAUUCUAUAAUUUUGUAGGUAUUUUUUGCAGAGUGCCGUUAUUGCAUGCAGUCUAAAUGAAGUUCAUUUCAAAGUCUACACCCUAAGAUAACUGGUUUUUUUUGGAAUUAAGCUGCAUUACGAUUAGUUUUACAACUUUACUUAAUUUUUCAUUUCGAAACGGAAACAUAUUUUGGAAUUACGGCUGACAUUUCAUGAGUUAGGCCACCUACUGUACAUGAUCUACCGCACGCUUCAUGUCUCCUCAACCUGAGACCGGUGUUAAGAUAUGGUUAUUGCGACUGGCAUAGCCCGACACACAAAUAAACGUACCAUCAUAAUCCCGUGGCCACAACGAAAAAUAAGAGUGCACUGUUUGGAAGCUAAACUGACGCGGCAAGAUCUUGAAACAACAACUUUGAUCGACAAUGCACACUGAGCAGGAUUUAGAUUCUAACAAAAGCACGGACGAUAAAUGCUGCUAUCAGGCUGUCUCUAGGCUUGGAAGUGCUACAUAGGCGACAAAAUGGAGGGGCCAUAUGACGUGGCAGACAAUCAGUCCGCCAUUCCACAUAAACCUAUGUACCGGAGCGACUGUGAGGUUCAAGUUAUCGUUCGAUUGGUAGUCAUUCCAGUCAGGUCAGAAGGAUGAGGAAUCACAGGGUCCGCAUACACAAUUGAAAACCCAAACGCAUGCGCAAGCAUGGAAACAGGUGGGACAGAUAUGGCAAACGAUUCUUCGUUGGUUUCCUGAGGCACGGCGUGACAUAAGCACACAAUAUUUUAAUCCAAGAAGUGUAAGAUGCAACCCUGUCUUUUGUAUACGCAAUCAUCGUUGAAUGCCAACACGGCAACAUAAAUGUGCAUUUAUAGACUACUUUUGGGACUUGAGCAGAUUAUCCAUUUCGUGCCUUGUUUUUAGGGGCACAAUCUGCAGUGUUACUAUCCGUUUAACGCAAAGAACUGUGCACGGUGCGGUGAGUGGAGAUAAGUGAUUCUUGAAUUGAGUUUGCAUAGCCUAAUGGCCAAUAGCGUGAUUGAAUUCAUAAUUGUCUAAUUCGACGGGAAUCUGAAUUUGGCAAAACAACAUAGAAACGGUUGCUUUCUAGUUUCCUCAAAAAUUAACUGCGGACUUUAAUAAGAUCAGUAUAUGCCAGGUCUAUAGGCCGAGACCCAAUUUUUUGUAUAUGCAUAUUUAUGCGAGGUCCAUCAGCCACUGCGGGUAAUAUUCAUUAAUUACGGAGAGACAAUUAGUGUUAUAGUUUAGGGUUAGUUGAUUCCAUAUUUUUAGCUCAGGUACUAGUAAAUGGCCCAUACAUGCGUGUGUUAUCCAUAUUCUGCCGCCGUUUAACACAGUUGUGAGGGCAGAAAGAUAUUACCGACAAAGACAAGGGAGACUGGAAUGGCCAUUUCUGGCUUAUUAGCCGUCGUCAGCCAGCCAUACCCAAGCCCGAAGUGUGGAACACCCGAGCCUCGAACUCGCGACCUGUUGGUUUAGAAGUCAACGCCUCUACUCACCGGGCCUAGAGCCCGUUGACCUGUCGGUUUUCGAUCGGGAAUAUGCAAUGUUAGGCGGCGCUAACAAAGGACAAGACUCCUCCUGUCUUAUCAGCAUUUUCAAAGUGAGAUCGGAUAUAAGCAACGCUUAAUUACUAGCUUUAUUUAAUGCAAUGAUUGAAGUUCAAGGUCAUUUUUCAUGUCAUAUGGGUGAAGAUCUAAGAUGACAUGUUUGCCGAUGUUGAUAAUAUGGUCUCCUUGCACAUGCUAGUAAUUUGCUUUUCUUGGUAUCACAGUAAAUUUAGUGGAAAUUUAUGUACACACCAAUACUGAUUUUUUUCUUUCACCAAAACACGGCUAUCUCUGGCGUUAAAGUAAAUAUUUGCCCACAAUACUGCAGCAAUCUUUAUUGAGGGGGAAGAUGGGGAAGAUGGAGGGGAAGAUGGGUGUGCAGAGGGUGGUAUUCGCUAUCAGCUGAGCCCCACGCGCUCUCACCGCGGCGUGAAUGCGUGCACCCUUGGCUGGGAAUUGGGUCUCGCCUCUUGACCGCGGGAACGGAGCGCAUGAUAGCUAGGGGGUAUAUGAGCGUGCCUGUUGAUAGAUUUUGUGUCAGACAUCCAGGCCUCCAGCAGAGUUGCCCUCUCUUACUGCUGAACCGCGCUACUAUCCGCGUGCUCGCGAAGUUGAAUUCGUGGCCUCCCUCCAGGGUGUGAGUUGCAACCUGAGACAACGGGUCGCUUCUCCGGACCGCCCGUUUAUGAUCCGUCAUUUGUGAGCUAAGCCGUCGUCCGGUCUGUCCUUUGUAGUGGUGAGGCCAAUCUCGACAUAAGAUCUGAUAAACGACACGAGAAUGUCCUCGUGUAUACGGGCGGCCCUUCAUAUGAUCGCUUUCGGACGGUAAGCUUUACGCACGCCGACCUCUCAAGCGAUCCGUUUUGUUGCUUCGCACACACUCUGGUAGAGGGUGUUUAAGUUUUGGUGGCUUUCCUCCGUUUGUUCGCCGUGGGUGCGUGCGGAGGCAGUGGCUGACGAAUCUGUUCGGGAUAUCCAUUUCCUGACGGUUGGUCCCGAGGAUGUGGUAUUUCUCCUGCUCUUCCUUCUGCUUCCUUGCAUGUCGAUUUUACUCCUUGGAAGAGGGUCUUAACAUAGCUACGUUUAUGCACCAUUGGGUGGUUAUUAUGUUAGUUGAGAAUCUGAGUCGUGUUAGUCGCCUGUCUAUAAAUCAUAAGGCUUUUUCAAUGAGCUUAAACUGAAUACUGUGGAAGAGGUGAACACACGAUCAUCGGCACAGUAGCUGCCUUCCUCUAAGCUUUGGGUCUCGUACAGGAGGCCAUCGUCGGAGACUGUGAGAAGACGGCAUCAGAUGAGUAGCCUUUGUAGUCAAACAAAGAAGGGGGUAACAGUGCAGGGGGUGGUGUUCGUCACAAGCUGACUCCCACACCGUUUCCCUGCAGCGUGAAUGCGCGUACCCUUGGCUGGGAAUUGGGUCUCACCUCUUAGCCGCGGGAACGGAGCGCGUGAUAGCAAGGGAAGCAUAUGCACUUGUCUGUUGAUAUAGUUGUUGCUGGAGGCCUAACGCAAACGGUUCCAAGAAACUACGACGAAACGAAGGUUCCCCUAAAAAUCGAGCAUUUACGGAAAUGAUUUCCGUUCUGCCAGCAAAUCCUUUUUGCAUUCAAUGGCAGAGCAGAUCAAACGAUAAUUGAUGGUUUUACCAGUGCCCGGCCUGGUUGCGGGGGAUAAAGAAAGCCGUUUCGACCACCAUGGACUUGUGUUUUGGGACCAGUAUGAAGAGGAAACGUUGUUUGUUCUUGAAAAAGAUAUAUUAGCAAACUCAAGACCCGUCCAUCGGCAUCUUCCCCGACAUUAAGUUCAACAGUGAACAAGAACAAGCAAAAAGUUGCCGUACCUUUACGUUUUCGUCGAACGCUUACUCAGCAGAACAGUGUAUAGAAAAGAGACUUAUGCCACUUAGAUUCUCAGACACCAUAAAAAGACUCAAUACGCUUAAACACAGCUUUAGUAAGGCACUUUUCCAAAGAGUUAAAACGCACUGAAGUGAAUCGAAGAGUCGAAUACGAGAACUACGGCAUCUUCAAAUGUAACGAACAAGGAAUGGAUACCCAAACAACUGUUUUUCAGCUGCAUCCUCCGCAAGCACCCACGGCGAACAAACGGAGGUGAGCCGCCAACUAUCUGGCACGCUCUGUGAAAUAUAAAUAUUUUGUCCAAACCAAUGCAAAUAACCGCUGGAAACCUCGGAGUGGCUACCGUUCACCGUCCUAAAGCGCCCAUGCGCAAGAACAUUGUGCAAAUUAUGGACAGACUAGACACAGGAAAAUAGAACUGCGAACCUUUUAUCAAAUCCCAUGGCGGGCCUGCCCUCGCCAUUACGCAGGGCAGACCGAUUGACGGACAGUCCGGAGACAAUGGUACACGCUGUCUCGCCCCCGUGAGAAUCAGCCCUAUCGCGAACACCAUCUCCGCACUCCUAUCUCCCUUUUCCUUGUUUGGCUGCCAAAGCAUUCAUUUGUCGCUGAGAUGGUUUCUGUAGAAGAGAGGAAGCUCAAGUUAGUACACGGACUGCCCGGGUAAUAACGCAUCAUCUUCUUUGUAAGACGCCUUUGUGGUUUUUAUGCGUAUGACCAGUCUGUUUUGUCAAGAGACAAAAAUGAGUCGAGUGUUGUGCAUGGAAGUGACUGAGUAAUUGCCACGGAACGUAAAAGACAACAAACCACACCGAAAAACACAUCGGUCGUUUGCGCUUGUUUGCAGGCAUAGCUGCUAAUUUGCGCGGCUAGAGAGUAAGCAUCUGUGGUGAAGUGUACGCAGCAGGUGGUGGAGUUUCGAAGGUUUUGCCCGUCAGCACACUAUAUACUACUUUAAACAUAAGAAUGAUUUCCUAAUUUUAGUUGGAACUAACUAUGAUGUUGUGUGGCUCAAGAACCGACAUGAAGCUCUUAAAAGCUUGAUUUACGUCCCUUCAUGUAGGUGCGAUUGAGAUACUCUUGCAAAUUAUCUCUCACAGACCGCAGCAAGACGUUCUCACACAUUUAACGUCGGGCAACUCAAAGAAUCUAAUAUGCGGCAAAGUACUUUCGCAUUCUCACGUUAAGACCAAGCAGUUAGCGUGACGUCGGCGCUUAAAUUAUGCGUGCUUUGAAGUCCGUUUUCUGCUACGACUGAAGUUACAGUUGAACACAUAAGCUGGACAAAGAUAUCUCCAAUUCUGCGAAAUGAAACAAACAGCAAGUUUUUGUAAAGGUCCGGAACGGUAGGUCAUUCGAUAGAAUGCCAUUUUAUGUAUCAUCCCUUGGUCUCAAGUAAUGUUGGCAUUUGUUGUUGAAUUAUUUAUUUAGAAUUAGACAUCUAGUCUGAAAAGCCCUGCAAAUAAAUUUACGAUCCAAAGCCCAUUUCCAUAGACGGCGUCAAACCCUUUACACCGACACUAGUGGAUUUUAUAAUCCGUUUAUGAACGAACUCUAGUAAUCUGUUUUUAAACAUGGAGCCGUGAUAUCCGCGGUUGUUUACAAAAAUUUACGCAAAGGUGCUUAAACAACUUAAAGAGAGCACAAUAAUCGUGUUAUACAGACCGCAUAAAAAGAUACGCAUUGUUGAAAUGUAGAUGCUGUCUACUUUUUCAGACGGGACACACUGAGGAAAUUGAUCAACAACCAGUCUACUUAAAAUUCUUCAACGAAUAUGGUUUCAAACACCUUUAG